GGUAUUUCUUGGGAGUUAUAUGAGUAAUUUGUUCUUAUUUUAACUGUGUUAUCGAUUAGUUGUUUUGUAUUGAUUGAAACUACCAAGUCACAAGGAAUGAGUUGGGUUGAAGUAUUUCCACACGGCUGCUUUUUUAGACUUAUCAAAAAAACUGCAAAUACUUUUUGUGUUAAGUGACCCGUAAGGGACCCUAUUUUUCUCAUGUUCACUUCUUUAUCUGCGGUUCACAUAUAGAUGAUUUUCAUAUGUUCACAGUCUCAAGGUUUUUAUUUACUUCCCAGGUGUGAUGGGACAAGGUGCUGUCACGCCUGCAGCUGUUCAAAAUUAUACUGUGCCUGUAGGAGAAACGUGGUAUAAACGAAUCAACUUAACGGAGCCAGGGGCAGAUUACAUCUACCUCAUAAAAGAGGAUCAAAACUACAAUCGUGUUAUAAAACUCACCAGAGGGGAAGCUGGAAAUGGCACCUGCUACAAGCAGGUACCUGGGUGCGAAAAAUAUUACGGUCUUCGCCACAUCCGAGAAAAUGUAGUAGAAAUCUCAGUAAGGUUACUGUCAAAGUCAGUACAGGGUGUUUAUGCACUGUACUACUACUGCAAGUGGACUGCCCACAACUGUAACAGAGAUGGGCCUAUUAUGAAAUUUUUGCUCAUCAUUGAAGAUGAGCAAACCACUCCACAAAGUGGAAAGGAAAACACAACUCCAAGUAGCCCCCCCCUUGGGGUUGUUACUGGAUCUACAAUUCAACAAUCAGCUUGGUUAGCUAAGCUAACAUCUUUGUUAAUGGUUGUUGUGCCAUACUGGGGUUUUUAACAGACAGCCUUAGAUUGAUACUCCAACUGAUAGACUGAUACUCACAACUGGAUAUUUAAGGUUGAAAUUUAUUUGGGUGGGGAAUAACACCUCACAGCCAUUUGGAGCCUGUCUGGGACAUGGAAACAAAGCUGACCAAGAGUAACUUUCAAUCUCUGGACUUCCUUUUCUUUCUCACUUUUGUAUCUGUUUUUGCUAUAAAACAAUUCUGCAACUCUUCCUCUGUGUUUUGAAUAUUAAAUUUUGUAGAAAAAUUUAAAGGGAAGGGUUUAAAUGCACCAUUCAGUUUGCUCGGUUUGUGGAGUUUUUACGAUCUCCAAGAUUUUACAGGUGUUGUUUAAGAGUCUCUCUUUAACUAGUUACCAGAGCUUACAAAGUACAGUUACAUGAAUUAGCUUUAUAGAAAUAUUU